CAGCUCCAGCAAUACUAAUGUUCUUUGUGCGAGGUGAUCACAGUGGUCGCAUGACGCUGUCGACCAGCCGGAGUGCAGCCGCCGAACUUCGCAGCCAAUCUGCCGAUCAACUUGAGCACCAGCUUAUCUGAUACAGGUCCUCCUUCAAUCAUUGUUCUGGUCUCGUGAUCUUCGUCAAGACACUGAACUGGCGCCAUGUCGAGCUCGCGGAAGGUGCGAGAGGCCAGUCAUGCAGGCUCCUGGUACAGCGACUCCAAGACGGAAUUGAACUCACAACUUGAUGGGUGGCUUGCUUCUGUCAGAGCACCCGUGACGGCUAUUGGACCACAAACUCACGGCGAGGUCAUAAGCACGACACCUCAAGCUGGAGCGAGAGUGAUCAUUGCUCCGCAUGCUGGCUACUCUUACUCCGGACCCGCAGCUGCAUGGGCCUACAAAUUAUGGGAUGUGUCCAAGGCCAAGAGAAUUUUCUUGUUAGGCCCGUCGCAUCACCACUAUCUGUCAAAAGCGGCGUUAUCCCGAUGUUCUCAUUAUGCUACUCCCCUCGGCGAUCUCGUGGUCGAUCGAUCAACCACGUCCACGCUGUACGAGACCGGUCACUUUGAAUGGAUGUCACAGUCCGUCGACGAAGACGAGCAUAGUCUGGAGAUGCAUUUGCCCUAUAUUUACAAGAUGCUAAGCAGGCAAUUCGGUGACGACGAAAAGGCCAUGCCGACUCUCGUGCCAAUCAUGAUAGGCAAUACCUCCGCCGCCGUAGAACGAGCCCUCGGAAAAGUGCUCGCACCUUAUCUAGCAGAUCCGAGUACGGCUUUUGUAAUAUCUUCCGACUUCGCUCACUGGGGAGCACGUUUCCGCUACACAUACUAUCGCGCAGCGUCUGGCACCGUCACAAAUAUCGAUUCUACCGCUCGGUCGCCGAAACAGCCCGAAAUCCACGAAUCAAUCAAAGCCGUGGAUUUCGAGUGCAUGGGUGCUUGCGAGAGUGGGAGCCAUUCCGAGUGGCUGAACAUACUCGAAGAGACGGGCAAUACCGUUUGUGGUCGUCAUCCGAUCGGCGUGAUCAUGGCCGCGAUCGAGGUGGUCCGUCACGAUGUCGAGGACGCGAGCGUGGGCGCGUUCGAAUUCGUGCGAUAUGAGCGUAGCAGUGAAGUCAGGCGAGUCGGCGAUAGCAGCGUGAGCUACGCCAGCGCUUUUGCCGUGGUCUAGUCGCCAUCGGAUGCGAGAUACAGGGUCAUGGUGAUGGCAUAAAUGAAUUGUUGCGUGAAUGUCUUGGGCCGUCGCGGUUGCAGCUUUCGAUGCAGACUUGUUGUGGUGACACAUCACCUGAUGCUAUGAGACCCACACACUUGAGUAGCAGUGAUGACAGCAAGGAUUUUGCGUUCGUCACCAUUGAUCAUCCUUCGUACGGUUAUGCUCGACUCACAUGUAAUAGAUGACAGACUUGGCUUUUCACGGCCUUGCAAUCUCGCCUGGAUGGCACAAGGAUGAACAGAGCCUGGCCGUUGCAUACAUCCUUGUGUCAUGGUCCAAAUGGAGAAUUAAUUGAGACACUGCGACAAUGAAUCGGCCACGUGCCACGUUUCACAGCGCUUCGGCAAUGUUCGAUAAGGAAGUUCUUGCGCAAGAAGGGACUUGUUCUGGAGCAGUAAUCUUAUACCCCUGGAUUCACCGUAUCACAGAAGUCGUCUCUC